CCAUUGAGGAGGCGAGACGACGGCGGCGGAUUAGAAUAUUCAUUCAUUUUCGCGGGCUUUGAGCGUCACGUGUUUUUUUCGCGCGAAAAGCGACUCUCGGCAGGAAGAAGAAGAAGAAGUUUCUUCAUCAGAGACAGAGACAGACGGAAACAUGGCGGAUUCCUCCGAGUCGUACCACAUGGCCACCAGCCCCAGCCGAGCCUCCAGGAGAGGAGACAUGACCUCCAGCCCCGGACGAGACCUGCCCCCCUUCGAGGACGAGUCCGAGGGGCUGCUGGGAGACGGACAACUGCCAGUCGAGGAGGAGGAGGACGGGGACGGAGACGGAGAGGAGCUGAUCGGGGACGGGAUGGAGAGGGAUUACCGAGCCAUCCCGGCGCUGGAUCAGUACGAGGCAGAGGGUUUGGACCUGGACGACGAGGAUCUGUCGGAGCUGUCGCCCGGAGCCCGGGCUGCCGCCGAGGAGGCCAUGAGGAGGAGGGACCGCGAGCAGGGCGUCAGCGGGCGGCUGAGGAGAGGACUGCUCUACGACAGCGAAGACGAGGACGACGAGCGCCCAGCGGCUCGGCGGAGGCGAUUGGCUGAGCGGGCAGCAGAGGGCGUUGCAGAUGGAGAGGAAGAGGAAAUGAUCGAGAGCAUCGAGAACUUGGAGGAUAUGAAGGGCCACACUGUGAGGGAGUGGGUGUCAAUGGCGGCUCCCAGGCUGGAGAUCUACAACCGUUUCAAGAACUUCCUGCGGACCCACGUUGACGAGAACGGCCACAACGUGUUCAAGGAGAAGAUCAGCGACAUGUGCAAAGAGAAUAAGGAGAGUCUGGUGGUGAACUAUGAAGACCUCGCCGCCAGGGAGCACGUGCUGGCCUACUUCCUGCCGGAGGCUCCGACUGAGAUGUUGAAGGUUUUCGAUGAAGCAGCUAAAGAGGUGGUGCUGGCCAUGUACCCGAAAUACGACCGCAUCGCCCACGAGAUCCACGUCCGCAUCUGCAACCUGCCGCUGGUGGAGGAGAUCCGCUCGCUCAGGCAGCUCCACCUGAACCAGCUGAUCCGGACCAGCGGCGUGGUGAGCAGCUGCACCGGCGUCCUCCCUCAGCUCGGCAUGGUCAAGUACAACUGUAACAAGUGUAACUUCGUGCUGGGCCCGUUCUUCCAGUCCCAGAACCAGGAGGUGAAGCCGGGCUCCUGUCCUGAGUGUCAGUCCCUGGGCCCCUUCGAGAUCAACAUGGAGGAGACUGUGUACCAGAACUACCAGCGAAUCACCAUCCAGGAAAGCCCCGGGAAAGUCGCCGCCGGCCGCCUCCCGCGCUCCAAAGACGCCAUCCUGCUGGCCGACCUGGUGGACAACUGCAAGCCUGGAGACGAGAUCGAACUGACGGGCAUCUACCACAACAACUACGACGGCUCUCUGAACAUGGCUAACGGCUUCCCGGUGUUCGCCACUGUGAUCUUAGCCAACCACAUCACCCGCAGAGACGAUGGCGUCGCCGUGGCCGAGCUGACUGACGAAGACGUCAAAGCCAUCGUCGCCCUGUCCAAGGACGAACGCAUCGGAGAGAGGAUCUUCGCCAGCAUGGGGCCGUCCAUCUACGGUCACGAGGACAUCAAGCGAGGCCUGGCCCUGGCGCUUUUCGGAGGAGAGCCCAAGAAUCCAGGUGGGAAACACAAAGUGCGAGGAGACAUCAACGUGCUGCUGUGCGGAGACCCGGGAACCGCCAAGUCCCAGUUCCUCAAGUACGUGGAGAAGGUGUCGAGUCGUGCGGUGUUCACCACGGGUCAGGGCGCCUCCGCCGUCGGUCUGACCGCUUAUGUCCAGAGACACCCGGUCAGCCGCGAGUGGACGCUGGAGGCUGGCGCGCUGGUGCUGGCCGACCGCGGCGUCUGUCUGAUUGACGAGUUUGAUAAGAUGAACGACGCCGACAGAACGAGUAUCCACGAGGCCAUGGAGCAGCAGAGCAUCUCCAUCUCCAAGGCCGGCAUCGUCACCUCGCUGCAGGCCAGAUGUACCAUCAUCGCUGCCUCUAACCCCAUCGGCGGAAGGUACGACCCCUCCCUGACCUUUUCUGAGAACGUGGACCUGACGGAGCCAAUCGUGUCUCGUUUUGACGUGCUGUGUGUCGUCAGAGACACUGUCGACCCCGUGCAGGACGAGAUGUUGGCGCGCUUCGUGGUCGGCUCCCACAUCAAGCAUCACCCUAGCAACAAGGAAGGGGGCCUGGCCUUAGAGGAAGUGGUUCUGCCCAACACGUCCGACGUGCCGACGAUUCCCCAGGAUCUACUGAGGAAGUACAUGAUCUACGCCAAGGAGCGGAUUCAUCCCAAACUGAACCAGAUGGACCAGGACAAGGUGGCUCGCAUCUACAGCGACCUGCGCAAAGAGUCCAUGGCGACGGGCAGCAUCCCCAUCACGGUUCGUCACAUCGAGUCCAUGAUCCGCAUGGCCGAGGCGCACGCCAAGAUGCACCUGAGGGACUACGUGCUGGAGGACGACGUCAACAUGGCCAUCAGGGUGAUGCUGGAGAGCUUCAUCGACACGCAGAAGUUCAGCGUCAUGAGGAGCAUGAGGAAGACGUUCGCUCGUUACCUGGCCUUCCGAAGGGACAACAACGAGCUGCUGCUCUUCGUCCUCAAGCAGCUGGUGGCCGAGCAGGUCGCCUACCAGAGGAACCGAUACGGCGUCCAGAACGACACCGUGGAGGUUGCAGAGAAAGACCUGCAGGAUAAGGCGAGACAGAUCAACAUCCACAACCUGACGUCCUUCUAUGACAGCGACCUCUUCCGCUCCAACAAGUUCAGCCACGACGGGAAGAAGAAACUGAUCCUGCAGCAGUUCUAGGAGCCCUCACCAACCCCUUCUCUUCCUCCUCUUCCUCCUCUCCUUUAGAAUAGUGCUUCAUGAACUCUAUUUCAGGGCCCUUAAUGGGACUAAAAGUACGUGGUUUUCAUGGUGUUUGGACUCCAGGUGAGACGUAGUUACCUUUUCGGUCUGAACUGAUGCCUGCUGGGACAUGUCUUCAGUGUGAAGUCGUUCCUCUGGAGAAGGAAGGCGGUAGAAGAUGGUCAGAGUUGGCGACAUGCAGCAAGAACUCCUCAAACACGUUCUGAUGUUGGAGCUGUAAAUGUUGUGUUGACCUUGUGUGAAUCUUACAGUCGCAGUGAGGAACAGGUGGAGGUGCGUUCUUCACUAAAUGGUGACGUAGCCACAGAUCACGCAGCGUUCCCUCUGGACUGUUUGGUUAUCUGUGGUGACAGGAAGUGAGAUUCACAUUCAGGAAGUCACACUGUCACCACAUGAAAUGAAGAGUUUGGUUCCAAAAUAAGAGCUAACGAUUUGUAGAAUAACCUCGAUGAAAGUUAUUUAACUGCAGAAAUAUUGAAUAAAAAUCCACAUAGAUAAAUAAAUAACUCUUCAGGUCACUCCACUCUGUUGUUGCAGUGUUUUCCAUCUCUUCUCAGGUCCCUCCAGUGGGCCGAUUGUAAAUAAAUGUACAUGUUUAUGUCUGUGUUGUUGAUGAAACAGGAUUGUCUCUGAUUCCUCUCUGUUACCAACUGUUGUUAAGAUGGAGGACGUUUCACAGACACUCCAGAUUUUUGCAUUUCAAGCUUUUUCUGCUCGGUGUGUUUUGAGGUUUGUGUGUUCACAUGUGAGGUAAAUGUAGAGGGAGUUUAAGCCUCCAGACUCUGUCAGAUCAUUAAAUAAAAAACACACACAAAGUGUUUAAAAGAAAUGUUGGAUUAUAGGUCUGUUUUGAUAUUAAACUUGUAUUAAACAUGACUUUUGUCCACA